AAACACCACCACAAUUUCCUACACCAACCUGAAAAUAAUCACUUAUUUAGUACGUACCAUCUUCAAAUUAAAUUUUCAUUAUUUAAAAAAUUAAAGCUAGCUCUUAAAGAAAAGCCAUGAAAAUCUCCAAAGCAACAUGUUACUCUUCUUACACUAAUCUCCUAUGGCCAUGCCAACCUCGUACGGAACAAAACCACAUUGUUUUCUCCAACCGUUUUCGAGUCACCUGCACCGUAAGCCUUCUACUCUUAUUCACCACCGUCUACAUUUUCUGGCCGUCGGAUCCAUACCUCAAGAUCGUACGGUUGAAACUGAAGAAGAUUAAGGUGCACCGUGUGCCGCACAUCACCGUAGACAUCUCCAUGCUCUUCACGCUGAGAGUGCAAAACGCUGACGUGUAUUCCAUGGACUUCGGUGCGGUUGACGUGGCAGUAUCUUAUAGAGGGAAGCCACUAGGGCACGUGACAUCGGAGAAUGGUCACGUGAGAGCUAUGGGUUCUUCGUUUGUGGAUGCUGACGCGGAAUUUUCCGGCAUCGGUGUGUUGCCGGAGAUAUUGUUACUGCUACAGGAUUUGGCUAAGGGAACGGUGCCAUUUGAUACGGUUAGUCAAGUUAGGGGCAAAAUGGGGAUUUUCUUCUUUCACUUUCCCAUUAAGGCUAAAUUAACAUGCGAGGUUUUGGUGAGUAUGAUAAAUCAAACUAUUGUUCGUCAACAUUGUACCUAUGAGUGAUGUGAAGAGAAGAGCAAAUUAACAAUGAAGAGUUGGAAGAUGUUAGCUCCUUUGUAUAUAUGUAGUAUGUAUGUACCUACCCUUUAAAGUAGUUGGUGCCCCGAUGUUUGUAUUAAAAUUACAUUUAUAAGAUUAUGAUUAAUAAUGUAAAAAUGGGUAAAUAUCAAAGUCAUGUAAAUUAUGCUUACUUUAGGCAUCCUUAAGCCCACUAGAGAUUUGGGACAUAACACAUUCUAUGUUUUCUAACAAGAUAGUUAGAAUCAAAUUGAAAUUUUGUAAGAUAAAUUCUCUCAAACAUGUUACUUUCA